AUGAACUCUCUCCUAACCCUGGUGUGUUGUCUGGCGGCCGUGUGUUACUCCGCGCCUCCCAAGGAGCGCAGCAUGCACAGCAGCGACUUGAUAGGCGAAGUCGAGCACGCCAAGAGUUUGGUCAAGAAGAUACUAAGCGAUGUUACUGAAGUACACCACUCAUGCGUUAUUAUGGAGGGCUUCACUCUUGGGCCUUCUGCUGAGAUGAAGAACUUGGACUUCGUCAUGACAUUGUUGGCCAUUCCUUCACCACCCAGGAUGGUUCCGAUCUCAGAAACACACACCUUGAUCUCCUGUGUGUUUUUGGGUUCUGUGUUAGAUCUCCUGUGUGUUUUGGGCAAUGACCAGGCAUUUGUACCCUUCCAGGAAGUGAGCUUGAACCACAUGGCAGAAGGCAUCCAGUUGCAUCAGCAUUUGCUGCAGGAAGUGGAAGGAAAACUUACAUGCUCAGACAGACUGACCCCUUUCCUGGCAGACCUCAGAGACCUGUCUGCCCAUGUCCAUCAGGUGCAGCAGCUGGCAAAGGUCACCCCCACAGAACCACACGGGUCAUCGUCUGACCUCUCCUCUCGUCUCCAUGGUGAUUACCAGGUGCAGGUGGCCAUCCACCUCAUUCUGCAGCAGCUCCAGAGCUUUGGGCAGGACAUGUUCCGCACCCUACGGCACAUCUUGCUCCGAAAUCCACCCUCCACAAUCUGA